AGCGGCACAGACCUGCAAUAUGUCCUGCCAUCACGGGUGCGCUUGACGAGCAACAAAGUUUGGACACCUCUGGGUACCUCUCGAUUUGAACGAUAACGUUACCUAUAACGACACACCUGCGGACAAUCUGCUACCUGCGAGGAUGCACAAGGUCGACCUGCCGGUGGACGAGGCUGCCGUGGAGGCAGUGAGGCGGCGCCGGUCCGCGGAGGCAGCCCGGCAGACACGGAUCUUCAGCACGAGGAACCGAGUCAUGGGUCUGGACCUGCACGCGCUUGAACGACAGGUGGCCGAGCGGCGUGAAAGGGUCGCGAUGGACAAACAGCGGGACAUGGCCCAUGAUGCGUUGCGUGUCUCCUUUGAUGAAAUGCUUAUGAGGCAGCAAAAAGAAGAGGAGGACAUGAGAAGAGGCCUGGCACGGGACCUCGUGCAAUACCGGGCAAUGCACCAGCGCGCGGAGGAUUCACGUGAAGCAGACCUUAAGUGUAACCACCAGGGGGCACUUGGCGUCGACGUAUCUGCUCCAGAGUCCUUCGGACCUGCCAGCAUGCAGGUUUUUCAGGGAGAAGGAGUUGGGGAGGAUGAGAGGAAGAGGGCUCAGAUGGAGAUGAAUGAGAGAGUGCUCCGAGCGCAAAGAGAAGAGCGGGACAAGCAAAAGAGGGAGUACAAGCACAAAGAGCUGCUCAGAUGCAGAGAACUGCUGCAGCACGACCUGCGAGUGGCACAGCUGGAUGCUCUGGAGACGGAGUGUAAAAGAGCCGCGUGCAUCGCCCUCAAAAGCUACAACCAGGCUCAGGCAGAAGAGAGGUUGGAGAGAGAGAAGCAAGACAAGCUGAGACAGGAAGAGGAAGGGCUGGCAGAGAUGUUGCACAUGGUGACCUCUGACCUGCUGACCGAGUGCCCGGAGGCAGCAGUCAGAGCAGGGGCGGCCCCCCGUGUGCCGCCAGACCACUGGAAGGGAAUGGGCCCCGCGCAGCUCAGCGCCAUCUACAGGCAGAGCGAGGAGCAGCGCGCCGAGAGGGAGAGGCACACGCAGCUGGAGAGGCAGAGGGAGAAGGCGUGGGAUCUGCUGCAGCUGCAGCAGGCCAGGCAGCAGGUGGAGGAGGAGAGCAGAGUGAGAGAGACAGAGAAGGAGAGGAGAGGGAAGCUGGACCGCUACAACCAGCAGCUGGCCAAAGAACAGCGGGCACACCAACAGUACCUCAAGACGGAGCUUUAUACCAACCAGCCCGCUGCCCACUACUUCACCCAGUUCAGCACCAGCUCGCGCUAGAAACCUCUCACACCACCAUCCGCCCAGCACCAAAUGCACUGUGGAUGUUUGAAUUUCUAACUGCAGAGAAUACAUGACCUUGUUAAGGAUUAAUAAAUUAUGCUUUUCAUAGCACU